AGAAAGUUGCCAUUGAUGGUGAAGCGGAGCUAGACGCUGGAGCGUUCGCGCCGCUGUGGGAGUUUUUUUUGCUAUGAAAAUUAACGAUAUACUUCCUAGUUUUACGUUAAACCUCUUACGGACACUGUUUUGUAUUAAGAGUAAACCCGGAAAUCAAUAUUUGUGAUUUUUAUUGCCUCUUUAACCGCCAACCAGCGACCGCCGCGAGUCAAGUGGGGACUCUUCACUGCAAUUAACUUGUGUGGAUAUGUUUCUGACGCUUUGAGACGACAGUUUGAGGCUUUGUGUUCCGGCUCUGUGGUUCCCCCCACCAACUCUCUGUACUCGGAAUACUUUAAACUACAAAUAAACAACAGAGGUAACUUCCUUUCUUACCUGCCCUUCUCCGGGCUGCCUGCAGCUAAUGAGCCGUUCGAGGAGCGGGGAGGGAUUCACGUUAAACUGUCGGUGAGCCCAGACUGAGCAGCUGGCUUUGUCGGUUUAAAAUUAAGUUGGUCCACAUAAAUAAAGGCGGAUGGGUUUGUGUCCGUGAGCUUCGUGCAUCCACGCUGCUUCAUUUGAGAGGUUUUUGAGGAGGAGGACACAGCUCACCCCCACACCAGAGAUAACAUGUUCCCCCAGGGACGACACCCGACGCCCCAUCAGGCUCCAGGCCAGCCCUUCAAGUUCACCAUCCCGGAGUCACUGGACCGCAUAAAGGAGGAGUUCCAGUUUCUCCAGGCACAGUACCACAGCCUCAAACUGGAGUGUGAGAAGCUGGCCAGUGAAAAAACUGAGAUGCAGAGACACUAUGUCAUGACUGAGAUUGCCAAGAGACUAAACACCAUCUGUGCACAAGUCAUUCCCUUCCUCUCACAGGAGCAUCAGCAGCAGGUGGUUCAAGCUGUGGAACGAGCCAAACAGGUGACCAUGGCAGAGCUAAAUGCUGUCAUCGGGCAACAGCAUCUAUCUCAUAACCACGGCGGUGCUCCUGUGCCUCUCACCCCUCAUCCCGCUGGCAUCCACCCCUCUCAGUUAGGAGGUUCAGCUGGUCUGCUUGCUCUUUCUGGAGCACUCGGUGCUGUUCCUCCCCAUUUGGUAGGAAAAGAUGGCGGCGAGAAAAAACCUCAUCUAACUGGACCAGAUUCUCACCCCACAGGACCUGAUCACCUCAGAGAGCGAGAACCUGGCACAAGUAACUCACUUCUGCCGGAAAGUCUCAGGAACUCAGAUAAGCGACGCAAUGGUCCUGACUUUUCAAAUGACACCAAAAAGCGCAAAGUUGAUGACAAGGACUCCAGCCACUAUGACAGCGAUGGAGAGAAAAGCGAUGACAAUUUAGUGGUGGAUGUGUCGAACGAGGAUGCAGCCUCCCCCCGUGGCACACCGCUUCCCUCCCCCAGAGAAAACGGACUGGAUAAAGCGCGUCUUCUCAAGAAAGACCCCUGUAGUCCAGCUUCCACUGCUUCAUCAGCCAGCUCCUCCUCCCUUAAAUCCAAAGAGAUGACAGUGCGAGAAAAGGCAGGWACACCAGGUCUAAAGUCAAGCACUCCCACACCUAGAGGCGACUCCACCCCAGGUCCAAGCUCCACACCUGGAAUCCGACCAAGUCUGUCCAAACCCCCAUCCAUGGAGAUACCACAUCCUCCUACUGCAGGUUUGAGAACUCCCCUUGCUGUUCCAGGGCCAUAUCCAGGUGCGUUUGGUAUGUUGCCUCAUGCAGCAGGGAUAAAUGGGGAACUAGCUGGUGCAGCCAGUGCUGCAGCCUACGCAGCAGGACUGCACAACAUGUCGCCUCAGAUGAGUGCUGCAGCUGCAGUUGCUGUGGCUGCAUACGGCCGUUCACCUAUGGUUGGUUUUGAUCCUCAUCCUCACAUGCGAGUCCCUGGAAUGCCUCCUAGUCUUACAGGAAUCCCUGGAGGAAAACCGGCCUACUCCUUCCACGUUGCAGCAGAUGGACAGAUGCAGCCAGUUUCUUUCCCCCCAGAUGCUCUGGUGGGACCAGGUAUCCCUCGUCACGCCCGUCAGAUAAACACCCUGAACCAUGGGGAGGUGGUGUGUGCCGUCACCAUCAGUAACCCCACCCGACACGUUUACACUGGAGGAAAGGGUUGUGUCAAGGUCUGGGAUAUUAGUCAUCCAGGAAACAAGAGCCCCGUGUCUCAGCUUGAUUGUCUGAAUCGAGAUAAUUACAUCCGCUCCUGUCGUCUCCUCCCUGACGGUCGGACACUUAUUGUGGGUGGUGAGGCAAGCACGCUGUCGAUCUGGGAUUUGGCCACGCCCACUCCCAGAAUUAAAGCGGAGCUAACAUCGUCAGCACCGGCAUGCUACGCUUUGGCCAUCAGCCCAGACUCCAAGGUCUGCUUCUCCUGCUGCAGUGAUGGAAACAUAGCCGUCUGGGAUCUACACAACCAGACUCUUGUUCGACAGUUUCAGGGCCACACAGAUGGAGCCAGCUGCAUCGACAUCUCCAACGAUGGAACCAAGCUGUGGACCGGAGGCCUGGAUAACACAGUUCGCUCCUGGGAUCUGAGGGAGGGGCGGCAGCUGCAGCAGCACGACUUCACAUCACAGAUCUUCUCUCUCGGUUACUGUCCGACGGGAGAGUGGCUUGCUGUAGGAAUGGAGAGCAGCAACGUUGAGGUUCUUCAUGUCACCAAGCCUGACAAAUACCAGCUUCAUCUGCAUGAGAGCUGUGUGCUCUCCCUGCAGUUUGCUUACUGUGGCAAAUGGUUUGUGAGUACAGGAAAGGACAACUUAUUGAAUGCAUGGAGAACGCCCUAUGGAGCCAGCAUUUUCCAGUCUAAAGAAUCCUCCUCAGUGCUGAGCUGCGACAUAUCUAUAGAUGACAAGUACAUCGUUACUGGUUCAGGGGACAAGAAGGCCACUGUUUACGAAGUCAUAUACUGAAAUGAUGGAAUGAACGCAAAUUUUUCUUGAAGUUUUCACUUGGAGCCAGACAUCACAGACAAAAGGGAUUCUAUUGGCACUAUUUCUGCCAGGAAGACGACAAACGUGUCAUCUGCACAUUCAUCAGGUCUUGUAUCAGCUGGGAAUAUUACAGAGCAGUUGGACGUUUACGGAGACAGAAAACAAGGACGUUGGUGUCUGCUUCUUUGUGCUGUAGAGCAGUUGAGGUUCAAAGACCAAACAGAWCUCUUUAAUGAGAAUGGAGUCUUCAAAUGAUGGUUUAAAGAACUUCAGAUGUUAAAACACAUAAUUGGAACAAACCAUCACUAUUGGUGAGUAUGUACAUAAAAAGCAAUCAGAAGCAGAGAGCAGAAACAUCCAGAACUUUGGAACAAACAAUUGACAGAUGAUGGUUUUAUAAAUAUUAUAUGUAAAUUAUGUUUGUAUUUUGCUUCAGACAGUGCUCCUGAUCUCAGCAUGAACAUUUUGACCUCAGUUUGCCCUCCAAUACACCUACACAAUCUGAAAAGUACUGCUUGUGUACAAAUAAAACCUCCUACUCUAACUAACCGCACUGUARUGCUAACUCCACCUACACACUGUACUUUAAGACCAGAGUUUAGAACUUCCUAAAGUUUAAAUGGACUUGUCYAACGUCAUGCCUGUAAAAAGUUAAUUUCAGAGGCAGGAAAGUCUCACAGGAACAUAUGCUUCAAAAAGUGUUUCAAAAAGUGUUGUUAGAAAAGGUUUAAUGUGGUUUGUUAUGUAAAAAGAUCACUUCUUCUAAUCCUGAUUGAACGAACAAUGGGUUGAAAACUGAUGUAAGAGUUCCAGAGAUUGAUUUAAUCCUCUAAUUUCAUUAAUGCUCCUGUUUUUAACAGAUUAUUUUCCCACUCRUUUUGUUUAGGACUAAACACUUUUCAUUCCCAGAAUAUUGAUGGAUGUUAAAGACAUAUUUCAGUCCACCUGAGCUGAAAGCAUUCAACAAAUCUGUGCUGCUGCACUUCAUCCACACUCUGCCUUUUUAUCUGUGAAACGCUUCAUGUCUUAUUGUUUGGAUGGUUUGGUCAUAGAAAUUAAAUAUCAUGUAAUACGACUUUAUGAACUUGUACAAGUGGGAACUCCUAGUGGAGAAAGGGUUAAAAAAAAUCGACUCUAAACAAAUAUUUUUUGUCACAAAUUGUCUUGUUUAACCUUGAGCUGGGAGAUAUGCUAAAAUGCCUUUAUGUGAAAUGUUUUCUUUUUCACAAUGCAAAGAAUAUUGUAAGACUUUAUGAUUAAAUUAUUGGGUCAAACUUCAGUUCCAGAGGAAGUGUCAGUGUUGACAGUUUUAACAUUAAACUUGUUUUUUUUUCUUUUUGUAAAAAUGUAAAUUAUGUUUCUUUCUUACCAGACAUGCUUUAGAAAUAAACUGUUUUUGUACAUUUCUUACAUUUAUUCAGGAAUAAUUUAGUCUUAAAGUAGAAAAACGGUUGAAAUGUGCAGAAAAUAAACAUGUUUUUGUUUUGUA